AUGCCUGCAAUUUUUACCUCGCGUUCUCAGCGGGACUCGAACUUGGGUUGCGAGUCCGAUCGACCUUGGUCUGAUCUGCAAUGGGGUCUAUGCUUUUGGGACGAUGUGAUCGAAUUCGCGGGUCCACAGGCUUGGCAUUUACGCGAUUUUUACUUGCCUAGACUUGCACAGGCUUUAACGCAUCCCGAGCCUCCUGUGAGACAAGCCGCCUUCUAUGGUGUUGGCAUGGCUGCCCAACACGGUUGCCCUGAAUGGGACACUGUACUUCCUGAAUUCACUUUAACUCUCAUAAAAUGCAUUGGGGCUCUGAAUUCUCGCGAUAGUCAGAAUAACUUUUCAACUGAGAAUGCUAUAUGUGCAGUCACUAAGAUCAUGAAAUAUCGGCCCCACUGCCUACCCUCCAGCUUGGGUGGAUUGGACCAGUUGAUCCCCAAUUGGCUAACUUGGCUUCCGGUUUGGGAAGAUACGAGUGAAACCUAUGGCGUAUUUGAUUACCUUUGCGAUUUAGUUCAGGCCAAUUGCCCAGCACUCUUAGGACCCGACAAUGCCAAUCUCCCUCGGGUAGUUCAUGCUAUCGCACAUUGCCUGGCCUCCAAAGGAAUGUCACCCGAGGGCCCACAAGAAUCACACGGUAUGGCAGUAUCUACUGCGGACCACCAGCAAACGGACGCAGUUGGAUCUGAUGGCAAAUCUGAUGACCCAGCCUCUCCAGAUAGCCGACAUCCUGCCAGGGCCUAUUUCCGGUGUCUGCACAUACUUCGUCAGGUUCAGGCAAGUUGUAUCAACCUGUCUGAAUUUCUGCAUUGCAUUGCUCUGAAUAAGCCCUGA